AAAAAAAAAAAAAAAAAGCUUCAUCGCUUAUUAGCUUCCAAUCUAUCCAAUCUAGCUAUCCAACUCCAUAUAUAAUCCCUCUCACGAUCCUUUCCAUCUCCAUCUUUCCCGUUAUCACAGUUAUCCAUACACGCCCCCCUUUUGGCCUCUGCCUUGGCCUCAUGUACCUGUACUCUCGGUCCUCGUAAUCCCUCCUUCUCCAUACCGUCGUGCAUCUUACACGUACCCGUGUCUCCAUACGCACUCCCCCCUAGAAGAAAAUAGGUACUAUACUAUCGUAUAUAAAAUACUACCACGGCUAGAACAAUACCAGUAAAAUCAAUAAAAGGCCCCCCUCUCCCCUCCGCCCCCCCAUCGUCAGGCAUCAAGACGUAAGCAACCUUAUAAAAACAGCCACUCCUCUCUCACCACAUGUUCCAUCUUUCCCCCUUCUCAUGCACAUCCGCCCAAAAUGCACGUCGGCUUGCUUGCUUUGCCUUCUGCCGUACCUUUUGCCUGCUCCUCUCAUACGAGAAGCGUUCCCCAAAAAACCACUCAUGUCAUACUUUUCGUUUGAUAGCUAGGUAGUUCCUCCGUCUUUGCAAGCUCUCGUCCGAUAGGCCCAAUGCAACGGCGGGCGAGUGAUAAGAGAGGAGUGGAAGUAAUAGUUAUUACGCCCUGAGAUGAGAUAUUGAGAUGCAUAUCACGGCCGCAGCGAGGAGCGAACAGAAGCAAAACAAGGCACACUGCCCAAUCCCAAUGGCUCGACUUUCAUGCACGUACUUCGCCCCCCGCAAAGUUGCCGAGCUCGUCGCCGCCGCCCAGCGCUGACAAACGCCUUGCCUCUGAAAUGACAGCGAUGGGAGAGAUGCCGAAUAGCGGAUAAGUUUUGCCUCCCCUCUAGGUACAUGUAGACAACCUUGCCCAGUAGACCACGACUCCGUAUUCAACAUGGUGAACUACCGAAUGGCCAGGAUCUCUAGCUCCAGGCUGGGGUUUUGCUGGCCGUGGUCCCGCGCCACGUCCCCCCAGGUCAAAGACCGCCACCAAGUGGGCCGUCGACUGUCCAUGAGAAAAAGCCAAGUCUGCCAUGCAGCAUGGACAGGUCAUCACAUGCAGUCACAUGUAAUCAUACUCAUAGUUUCACACGAGAAGCUCAGCAUAGCACAAAGGCAGCGGCGUAGUUGAGGAGCACAACAUCGUUUUUUUAAUCUAGGCAAUUCCAUUUAUGUCUGAUCUCUCUCUCUUGUAAGAAGUAGUAGUAGUAGUGGUAGUAGUAGUAGUACCAGAAUGCCUUUCGAACCAAUUGAAUCAAUACCAUUAGCAACCGACUUUUCCUUUCCCGUUACCAGCCUGCUCGUAGUAGCCCAAUGCAACCCUGGACCUAAGCACCAACCCCGUCGGCCGCCUUUCAGUCCAUUCCCUAAACAACAAAUGAGAGCAUCGACAAGUCAUUAUCAAUCCGCCGGGUUCCGCUUGUUCAUAACGGUCUGGAGCCGUAAGAGACAUGUAGAGCAAAGUGAAGAAAAAUAGGAAAAAAAAACAAAUAGGAGAUGACCACAAAGGAGAGAUAACCGUAGUGGCAAAGUUACUCCAAUGCAAGACCUGUCAUGAACCGAACCCAGAGCGCGUAAUAAAAACCAAGAGCAGAAAAAGAAAUGAGAGCCGGUUUUCCAUAUGCCCUUGUGAGCGCCAAGCAAAACGAAAUAAAAAAAAUCAGAAUCCCUGUCGUAUGUUACCAAACUCCAAAAGCUAAAAACACACAAAGCCCAAAAGUAAAGUAAGGAAAUAGUAU